AUGGAAGAAAUCGGCAUCCAAGUCAAGCAAAACAACAAAGAUCCCAUUGUGGUUGCCACCAAAACCAGCUUAUUAGAGGAAGCAUCAGAAAAGGAUCUAUACGUCAAACUAAAGAAGCUCCAACGCAACCUCGAAUUCUUGGCGUUGCAAGAAGAGUAUAUCAAAGAUGAGCAAAAGAAUCUAAAGCGAGAACUUUUGCGAGCACAAGAAGAAGUGAAGCGCAUCAAGUCUGUACCCCUUGUCAUUGGCCAAUUCCUAGAACCUCUCGAUCAACACACCGGUAUUGUCGGAUCGACAACGGGUUCCAAUUACGUCGUACGCAUAUUGAGCACCAUCGAUCGCGAAUUGCUGAAGCCAAGCUCGUCUGUGGCCUUGCAUCGACACUCAAACGCACUUGUGGACGUUUUGCCACCAGAAGCUGAUAGCAGCAUUGCCAUGUUGGGCGCCGACGAACGACCCGACGUUACAUACCAGGAUGUGGGUGGUUUGGAUAUUCAGAAGCAGGAGAUUCGUGAAGCCGUCGAGCUUCCAUUGACACACUUUGAUUUGUAUCGACAAAUCGGUAUCGAUCCUCCAAGAGGUGUGUUGUUAUACGGUCCUCCAGGUACCGGUAAAACGAUGCUUGUCAAGGCCGUCGCCCAUCACACAACUGCAAACGUCAUUCGUGUCGUCGGUUCCGAAUUUGUUCAGAAAUAUUUGGGUGAAGGCCCUCGCAUGGUCCGAGACGUAUUCAGACUCGCACGAGAAAACUCGCCUGCUAUCAUCUUUAUUGACGAAAUUGACGCUAUCGCAACAAAACGUUUCGACGCACAGACGGGCGCAGAUAGAGAAGUGCAGCGUAUUUUGCUCGAAUUGUUGAAUCAGAUGGACGGUUUCGACCAAACUUCAAAUGUCAAGGUUAUCAUGGCAACCAACCGUGCGGAUACGUUAGAUCCUGCCCUGUUACGACCGGGCCGUCUGGAUCGAAAAAUCGAAUUCCCUACUCCUGACCGUCGACAAAAGCGUCUGAUUUUCUCAACCAUCACAAGCAAGAUGAACUUAUCUGAGGAAGUGGACCUUGAAGAUUUCGUUUCCCGGCCCGAUAAACUCUCAGGUGCAGAAAUCGCGGCUAUCUGCCAAGAAGCCGGUAUGCACGCUGUGCGCAAGAACCGUUACGUGAUAUUAAGCAAGGACUUAGAGAAGGGUUACAAGGCAAAUGUUAAGAAGGAGGACACAAACUUUGAAUUUUACAAGUAG